CAGUGAUAUAAUUUGAGUGUGUUUGUAAGUCAAGUUCUUAGUUUUCUUUGUACAGAAAUUAUUUAGGUUCUCUAAAAUGUAUCCCUGUGCAUAUUGUGAUAGAGUUUUCAGAGAAUAUGAGUACAGGCAGCAACAUAUUGAUGACAAACACUAUUUUGAAUGUGAUUACUGUGAUGAGAACUUCAUAUCUGCAGAACAAAGAGACAUUCAUGAUAGAAGAAUACAUCUAAUAUUUGAAUGUCCCCAUUGCGAUAGACUUUUCAGGGCAAAUGAGCAUAUGGAGCAGCAUAUUGAUGACCAACAUUAUGUUGAAUGCAAUUACUGUGACGAUUACUUCAUAUCUGCUGAGGAAAGAAACAUUCAUGAUAGACAGGUACAUUUAACAUUUGAGUGUCCAUAUUGUGAUAGAUUGUUCAGGGCAGAUGAGCAUAUGCAGCAGCAUAUUGACGACAAACAUUAUUUUGAAUGUGAUUACUGUGAUGAUUACUUCAUAUCUGCUGAGGAAAGAAACAUCCAUGAUAGACAGGUGCAUCUAACAUUUGAGUGUCCACAUUGUGAUAGACUUUUCAGGGCAAGUGAGCAUAUGGAGCAGCAUAUUGAUGACAAACAUUAUUUUGAAUGCAAUUACUGUGACGAUUACUUCAUAUCUGCUGAGGAAAGAAACAUUCAUGAUAGACAGGUACAUCUAACAUUUGAGUGUCCAUAUUGUGAUAGAUUGUUCAGGGCAGAUGAGCAUAUGCAGCAGCAUAUUGAUGACAAACAUUAUUUUGAAUGUGAUUACUGUGAUGAUUACUUUAUAUCUGCUGAGGAAAGAAACAUCCAUGAUAGACAGGUACAUCUAACAUUUGAGUGUCCACAUUGUGAUAGACUUUUCAGGGCAAGUGAGCAUAUGGAGCAGCAUAUUGAUGACAAACAUUAUUUUGAAUGUGAUUACUGUGACGAUUACUUCAUAUCUGCUGAGGAAAGAAGCAUCCAUGAUAGACAGGUACAUUUAACAUUUGAGUGCCCAUAUUGUGAUAGAUUGUUCAGAGCAGAUGAGCAUAUGCAGCAGCAUAUUUUUGCCAAACAUUAGAAAAAUGUAGAAAUAAUGAUAAACUAGUUUAUCAAAAUAUUAAGUUCUAA